GAGGCAGCCAAAAAUCAGUCAGCCUUUAUGGACAAAGAAUGCAGGUUGCUGUCACAAUGGCGACAAAACAAAGGCUCUGCUUUCCAGAAGCCCAGGCGACCAUAAAGAGGCAUGUGACAGAAGCUGUUGCUGUUUUGCAAAGUCAGAAAGAAGUGGUGUGUUCUGCAGUAAUGCCUCUGGGUGAGUAGUUGGUCUGUCAGAUACCAAACCAGGAACGAAAUGCCUCUGCCAAGACGCCGAUCAUCCAUCCUGGGCCAGGCUGGUGCAGAAAGGCCAGGAAAUGUGACCCGAGUGACCACAGGAAGUACCACAGCUUCCCGGGGCAUCUUUGAGGGCUCAGCAUCUUCCUACAGCACCAGCUGCCUGGGAGCCCGUGUGUCUCGCAGGGCACUGGGCAUCAGCAGUGUCUUCCUGCAAGGCCUGCGCAGCACCAGUGCUCCGGUGAUGCCCAAACAUGGAGAAAGGGGUCACCUGUUGGGUGCUGAGGGCCUUAAUAGCUGUCUCCUAGAGUACCGUGACAAAGUACAUACCCUUGAGCAACUCAAUCAGCAGCUGGAAGAGCAGAUCCAUAACUGCCUGGAUCGCAAGGCCUCCAAUGCUAAGAUGUGGGGCGCUCUCAGGCAGGACUGGGAAGACAUCUACAGACAGGUUAGUGAGGCCAUCCUGGACAACGCUCGGCUUGUGCUUCAGACAGAAAACAUCCAGGCCAAUGCUGAAGAUCUUAAAGAGAGGUUUGAACAUGAGCAGCCUUUCCGUAAAGCAGUGGAGGAGGAGAUCAGCUCCCUCUAUAAGGUGAUUGAUAAUGCCAAUUUUACCAGGAUAGACCUGGAGAACCAAAUUGACAGCAUGAAUGCUGAGCUUCAAGACCUGGCCAAAGCUCAUGAAGAGGAUGUGAGACAGCUCUAUAACCAGUUGGCUAGCCAUGGGAUUGAUGAACCUGAGCCACCUACUGAGACCAGUCUAGAACAGAUAUUGACUUUUAUCUACUCCCACUGGGAAAAGGUCAUUGAGAAAACCCAGGCAGAGACUGGUGCAUACCAAGAGUGCAAGAACAUGGACAAAGUAGACAAAAAACUGAGUCAGGAGGAAAAAGUGCUGGAGAAUCUGAAGACAGAAUGUAAUGAGGCAAAUAUAAAGAUCCAGAACCUGCAUGCUGAAACAGAGUCCAUGAGAGCACUGAAACGAGGCCUGGAUAACUCCCUGAAUGAUGCAAAGCACUGGCAUGAUAUUGAGCUUCAGAACUUGGGCUCGGUUAUAGGGAAACUGGAAGCUGAGCUCGCUGAUGUGCGUGGAGACAUUGAGCACCAACUGCGUGAUUACGAGAUGCUGCUCAAUAACAAGAAGAGGCUAGAAAUGGAGAUUGGAACAUACCAUGGGAUCCUGGAUGGAGAAGAGAAUAGACUCCACCCAUCAUUGUCACUGUAUGGUAGUGUGGAAGCUGAAGGACAAACCCAACCUUUUCCUGAACAGCAGAGUUCUACGGAUCCUGAUAGUACCACAGCGUUUACUGAGUCAUAAGACAGUGUGUUAAAAAUAGCUAAGAGUACACUUUGCAAAAAAGAUUGCAUCUAGAACCCUAUAGAGUAAUUGCACUUGUCCAUCAAUAUGAAACCCUGCAACAGAAGGUUGCAAGUAAAACCCUAAAAUAAUCUAAGCACCACCCUGUAACCAUUUAAAAAAACCACAUACUAGUCUAUAUCAAAAUAGUGUACCAACUGUGAUAUAUGAAGCUAUAGAUGUAGUGCAGUUUGCAACUUCUUCAUGGGUGCCAUAGGUGGUGCAGUGGAUAGAGUUGCUGCUUCACAGCUCCAUGGUACAUGGGUCGAUCAUGACAUCCCAUCCUAGAUGUAUUGCCACUUCACUCCCAGUUUUUCUGGAGUAGACUCCUAAUCCACAGCAACACUGACCAGGAUAACAUGGUUAACAAAGAUGAAUAAAUGAAUGAAAGUUUCUCAUUAAAAAUCAAAAUCCUGAAAUUAGAA